GAAGUCGCCGGGGUCAUGAGAGCGGUGAGACGGUGCAACGCGACCGGCUUUUCCUGGAUCGGCAGCGAUGGAUGGAGCGCGAGGGGAUUAGUGAGCAACGAUAACGAGCCGGAAGUCGAGGGCACUCUGUCGGUCCAGCCGCAGGCGAACCCGGUUAAGGGCUUCGAAGAGUACUUCCUCAACUUGACCGUCGAGAACAAUCGGAGGAACCCGUGGUUCGUCGAAUUCUGGGAGGACCACUUCAAGUGUCGAUAUCCGAACUCUUCCCGGACGCCGUACAACAAAAAAUACACGAAACCCUGCACGACGAAGCAACGCCUCACGAAGCAGGACACGGCCUUCGAGGACCAACUGCAGUUCGUGUCCGACGCGGUAAUGGCAUUCGCUUACGCUUUCCGGGAUAUGCACCAGGACCUUUGCCACGGGAAGGCGGGACUGUGCGACGCCAUGAAACCGACCAAGGGAACCAAGCUGCUGCAGUAUCUGCGCAAGGUGGAUUUUGAGGGUCUGAGCGGCGACAAGUUCAAGUUCGACAAGAACGGCGACGGACCCGCUCGAUACAACAUCAUCCACUUCAAGCAGAUCAGCGCGAAAAAGUAUAAGUGGGUGCGUGUCGGCAAAUAUCUCGAAGGCGAGCUGCGACUGAAUAUGUCAGAAAUUCAAUUUAAGCUCGGGCAUCCGCAACCACCCGAGAGCGUGUGCUCUCUGCCCUGCGAGCUCGGUCAAGCGAAGAAAUACGUCGAGGGUGAGAGAUGCUGCUGGCACUGCUUUAAUUGCACUCAAUAUCAGAUACGACAUCCCAAGGAUGAAACCCAAUGCAUUCAGUGCCGUCGUGGCACGCUACCCGACGAAACUCACUCGACGUGCCGCGACAUCCCGGAAGAGUUUUUACGCCCGGAAAGCGGAUGGGCGAUAGGUGCGAUGUCUUUGUCCGCCUCGGGGAUUCUGGUGACGUUAUUUGUCUGCGGCGUUUUCCUCAGACACAACGACACCCCUGUCGUGCGUGCCUCCGGACGAGAACUGUCCUACGUACUCCUCCUGGGGAUUCUGCUCUGUUACCUCGUCACGUUCACCCUGGUGCUCAAACCCACGAACGUUGUCUGCAGUAUUCAGAGAUUCGCCGCGGGCUUCUGCUUCACUGUGGUAUACGCGGCUCUGCUGACGAAGACCAACCGCAUCUCGAGGAUCUUUCGCGCCGGCAGCGCGAAGAGGCCAUCCUUCAUAUCGCCGCGGUCGCAGCUCAUCAUCUGCUGCGGAUUGAUAUUCGUCCAGAUUCUAAUUAACGCGAUCUGGAUGAUCAUCGAUCCCGCACGAGCGAUGCAUCACUACCCCAUGAUGGAGGACAACCUGCUCGUCUGCAACAACUACAUCGAUGCUAGCUACAUGAUCGCGUUCGCGUUUCCCACGGUACUGAUCGUCGUAUGCACCGUCUACGCCAUCCUCACGAGAAAGAUUCCGGAAGCCUUCAACGAGAGUAAACACAUCGGUUUGACAAUGUACACGACGUGUGUCAUAUGGUGCGCCUUCGUACCUCUGUACUACGGCACCGGCAGCAACAUUGCGCUGAGGAUUACCUCGAUGUCGGUAACCAUCAGUCUUUCCGCGUCUGUGACGCUGAUCUGCCUCUUCAGUCCGAAGCUGUACAUCAUCUUAAUUCGACCCGAGAGAAACGUGCGCCCCACCGUGAGAGCAGGAAGGCCCAACCAGACGAGAAGCUCGGCGAUAACUGCCACGAACGCAUCUAUGAUGGGACCGGUAACAGCGACGACAGUUCUGACAGCCGCAACUUGCGAUCAGAAUAAAGCCCUCAAUAAACAUAUCGCGUCCACCAUAGACUGCUCUACUCAGAGCGAAUGCUACGAAUUGGAGCUGAAGGAUCAGAAGAACGGGAAACCGCCGGCAACGUGCACCUCGCGAUCGACGCAAACGACUAACAAGGACGAGGAGCACCACGUGGUGACGAGCAACAAGGAAUCGCCGGACGUGAUCGCAUCCGCGAGCAACAAGGAAUCGAAAAGCAACACGACGACGACGACGACGACGACGGCGCCGACGAAACGGCUCAACAGUAACGCGAGGAUAGGCAACGGGCCGCUUUCCCAGAGCGACGUUUCCUUAUAGCGGAAGACGGAACUGCCCAGAACGGAAUCCCCCGUGUUAGCCGUUAGUCUAAAACCGAUUUCAAAGAAACCCGUCAUCGUCUGAUCCACCCUAUUGUAUUGGGUUGUUCGGAAAGUAAUUUCGUUUUUCACAAAGAGAUGUCGUUAGUCGCGUUCCUCGAUACUUAACCUU